AUGAAUAAUAAAAAUUAUUUAUUAUUUAUAUUUGUAAUAUUAUUAUUACAUAUAUUGGGACUUUCGAAUGCUCAAACAUAUGUACAUCAAAGUAUUUAUACGAUGGGAACCAAAGGGUGCGCCGGUACACCUAUUUUGGUAAAUUCUUUUAGAAUUGGUCAAUGCUAUAAAAGAAGUGACACAAACAGUAUUAAAUAUGUUUUGGUUUCCAGCACUGCUUUCUAUAUUAUGGCCUAUACCGAUGCGGUUUGUACACAAAACCCAGUUCAAAAUACAAAUUUCCCAGACAACUAUUGUUUUGCUGAAGCAUAUAAAUUUCAAUUGAAAAAUACCUAUGUUUCACCAUCACCAGGAUACAUUUAUUUUGAAAGAUGGCCAACUAAUUCUGCUUGUACUCAGGGUGUAAAUAACAAUAGAGGUGUAUUUAAGCCAGGUAUUUGUGCUUACUCAGAUGGUCAAAGUGGUUUUAUGAUUGGUACCGCCGGUACUGCUACUACUGCAACGAUUGCAACUUCCAAUGAAAAAACCUGUAAGACAUUGUCUUCGAGCCAGGCAUACAGUUUAACAUGUGCGAAUAACGCUAGAUACAUUAUGAAUGCUUUCACAGCACCCGCUCUCACUAUAUCUUUUGGUGCAGUGAAGCUAAACUCUUACAACUCCAUUACUAUCCCAGUGAGUCUGACUUGGCCAUCGCCAAUCACUGUCAAUGUCGACUACAAUGAAAACGGUGGUGCAUGGAAGGAUGUCCCCGCUUGUGCAACAUUGUCUACCGGUCAGUCAUGCACUAUCACCGGCAUCUUACCACAGAGUACUGUCAUUGUUAGAGCUCUUAUCAAUGGUGAACAACCUUUCGGUGGUACAAGCAGUGCUCAAUCAGCAGCUUACAAGAUGCCAAUACUCGAUACUAUGAAGACAGUUACCAUUGCAGCUAGAACAACCAAGACUGUAACUGUUGCUUAUACUUCGAAUUCUGGUGUGAGUGGAACUACUACUUUUGUUGUAAAGUCAACUGCUGGUACUGUUGGUACAUGUUCAUUUACACAAUGUGUUAUUUCAGGAUUGAAUCCAGGUCAAAGCAUCACUGCAACCGUUAAUGCAGUAAACCACGGUACCAAUUCAAAUACGAUGACCGCCACUGCUACUACCUACACAGCUUUAACCACACCAUCUCUGUCAAUUAAAAACACAAUUAACUCGAUCACCGCAACAUACUCUGCGACCGGUGGUGUUCCAUCGCCAGCAACAACUUUCCAAGUGCUAUUGAAUAAUGUAGCUCAAUCGUGUUCCGCUUCACCAUGCACAAUGUCUAACUUGGCAACACUACAAACCUACAGUGUACAGGUUAGAGCAACCAAUGACGGCACCACUCUUUCAUCUGCUGUUCAAAGUGUUAAGCUAUGGAAUUUGAUGACCACACCAACAUUGACUGCAGUUGCUUAUACAAGAAGAGUUGUUCUUUCCUUUGAUGCAACUGGAGGUGAUCCUGCUUUGACUCGUUUCAGUAUUACCAAUAAUGGUGCUGCAGUUGCAGGUUGUCAAUCUCUCCAAACCAAGACUUGUACUGUUUCUUCUUUGAAUCCUGGAAUAUCGUAUGCUUUUGUUGUCACCGCUACUAACGGUGCUACUGUUCUCUCCAAGACUCUUAAUCAAGCAACCUAUCAAGAUGUUGCAACUCCAUCUCUAACUCUUACCAACACAAUCAACUCUAUCACUGCAACAUAUUCUGCAGUCGGUGGUAUUCCAUCGCCUGCAACCACCUACCAAGUAUUAUUGGGUGGAGUAGUUCAAUCUUGCACUGCAUCGCCAUGCACAAUGUCUGGUUUAACAACACUCCAAACCUAUACUGUACAAGUAAGUGCAACCAACGACGGUAUAACAUCACCAUCUACUUCAAAAUCUGUUAAGCUAUGGGACUUGAUGACUGCACCAACAUUGACUGCAGUUGCCUAUACAAGAAGAGUUGUUCUUUCCUUCGAUGCAACUGGAGGUGAUCCUGCUUUGACUCGUUUCAGUAUUACCAAUAAUGGUGCUGCAGUUGCAGGUUGUCAAUCUCUCCAGACCAAGACUUGUACUGUCUCUUCAUUGAAUCCAGGAGCGUCGUAUACUUUCGUUGUCACUGCUACUAAUGGUGCUACUGUUCUCUCCAAGACUCUUAAUCAAGUAACCUAUUUGGAUGUCUCCGCUCCUACAAUCUCAACUACAUCUAUCACCACUAAACAUAUUGCAAUAACCUACGAUGCUGUUAACGGUCUUCCAAGCGGUUCUUUGUUUACUGUCAACAGUGCUGGUGUUGAUGUACCAGGAUGUAUCAAUACUGCUACCAAGUCAUGCACUAUCACUGGAUUGAAUGCUGGUACUGCAUACACUAUCAAAGUAACUGUUACCAACGACGGUCUCUCUGUUCCAACUACUCAAACAUUAACAACAGUGACCGCUGUAACAACUCCCGCUAUCACUAUCUCACAAACGGGAUUGUCACUCACCAUUAAAUACACAACACAAUACGGUUAUGGUGCAUCAAGUUAUGAUGUUCUUGUGAAUAAUGUUGCUGUCUGUUCGGCCACUUCCGCUCUCCAAUGUGUUUUCAACAAUGUCGUUCUCGGAACCAAAUAUGACGUUCAAGUUAAAGUAACCAAUGACGGUGCUUCUAAAACUGGUACUUUAUCCUAUCAAACUAUUGCAGAUACCAUGAAGACAUUGAAAGUAGAUUCAUACACUACCAAAUCAGUUACAUUCAGUUAUUCAUCAAAUAGCGGUGUUCAAGGAGUUACUACCUUUGAGUUUACGAUCAAUGGUUCACCAGUCACAUGCCCUUCAUUUACUCAAUGCACUGUUUCAGGAUUCACACCAAUUUCACCAGGUUCCACACUUACCAUCGUUGGUAAAUCAAUCAACUAUGAAAAUGCAUCACCAACAAUGACAAUCACACAGAAGCUCUAUGAUGUAGUUGCAGCUCCAACUCUCACCGUUACCAACACACCAACCACAAUAACAGCUACUUUCUCAGCAAUCGGUGGUAUUCCAUCGCCUGCAACUACCUACCAAGUUUUAUUGAAUGGAGUUGCUCAAUCUUGCACUACAUCACCAUGUACUUUAUCUGGUUUAACAACACUCCAAACCUACACUGUUCAAGUCAGCGCAACCAAUGACGGUACUACCACUCAAUCACAAGUUGUCUCUGUUAAAUUGUGGGAUCUAAUUUCAAAUCCAACACUCACUGCUUCAAUGCUAACUAAAUCUGGUGUACUUUCAUUCGGUAGCGUUGGAGGUAACCCCGAUCUAACCAGAUACAACAUUAGCAUAAAUAAUACUCCAUUCAAAGAUUGCCAAUUGAUCAAGGAAACUACAUGUUCUCUUCCCUCGUUGAAUCCAGGUACUACCUAUACCUUUGUAGUGAUUGCUAUCAAUGAUGGUAAAUCUCAACAAAAAGGAUUGACAGCUUCAACUUACUCUGAAAUCAGUGGUGGUUCUAUCACUGCAUCUUCAAUCACUACCAAGUUGAUUACAGUCAACUUUGGUGUCACUGGAGGUGUACCUGGUUUGACAAAGUAUUCAAUCACCUACAAUGGAGUCAAUGCACCAGACUGUAUCGAUAUCUCAGCCACUAGCUGCACAAUCAAGGAUUUGACAUCUGCCACUACCUACGCCAUCCAAGUCACUGCCACAAACGACCAAAAGACAUUGCCAUUCUCCAACUCCUUCCUCACCUACACCAAGAUCAAUACUCCAACUCUAACUAUCAUUGGUAAACCAACAUCGAUCUUUGCACGUUUCUUUGCCACUGGCGGUGUUCCAACACCAAGCACAACCUAUCAAAUUCUUUUGAAUGGUGUUGUUUAUCCUGGAUGUUCUGGUACUGCCAUUACAUGUACCAUUUCCGGUUUGACAACUCUCGAUAACUACACUGUACAAGCUGUCGCAACCAACGAUGAAACAGUCACCCAGUCUGCAGUUCAAGAGAUUACUCUUUGGGAUUUGAUGGGCGAGCCAAUCGUCACUGCUACAGCUCUAACCAAAACUAUCUCGCUUGUCUACGAAGCACCGGGUGGAGAUCCUCUCAAGACAUCGUUUAUCGUCAAGAUGAAUGAUGUAGUUCUAACUAAUUGUGUUGAAUCGAAACCAGAUGCCAGCGGUACAUGUCUACUUACAGAUCUUAAUGGUAACACUACUUAUACAUUCUCUGUGACAGCUUCCAAUGGUACAGCCAGUCUUACUUCUACAUUGGAUGUAACCACCUAUCCUUUGUUAUCCGAUCUUCAAGUUCAACUUGACCAUAUCAACACCAGAGAGAUAGCAAUUAGUUACUCUAGCAAGAAUGGUCUACCAGAUAAUACUACCUAUGAUGUUCUAUUGAAUAAUCAACCUGUGGUUGGAUGCACCCAAACUCAAGCAACUACAUGUUUAUUCACUGGAUUGGAUGACGGUGUCGAUUAUUCUAUCACUGUCAAAGCAACAAACGACCAAUUGACUUUGGAAUCUCAACAUUUCUACACCACCUACAUGGAAGUUUCUGAACCAAUAAUCACAGUUUCACAGACAUCAAUCGAAUCAUUUGAAAUCAAAUACUCUACAGAACAUGGCAUUCCACAAGGAACAACUUACGAUGUGAUUGUCAAUGAAACAUUGGUUUGUUCAAAUACCACUGAAUUGACAUGUAUCUAUGAUCAAUUGGUUCUUGGAUCAAAUUACAACAUUAAAGUUAUUGUUUAUAAUGAUGAAGUGUCAAAGAGCAAUGAUGUUUAUCACCAGACCUAUUCCAACCCAACACCAGUGGUAUUGAACACAUUCCCAACUGCCUCAACAAUUCAAGUUUCAUGGAAUGCCAGUGAGAACGGUUUGCCACAAUCAACUAUCUACACCACUGAAAUUACCUUUAACUCUGUGGAAUGGAAAACAAUCUGUUUGAAAUCAACCGAACUUUCAUGUAAUAUUCAUGGACUGGCAUAUGCAACCAAAUAUACAAUCAGAGUCACUGUUUCAAAUUCCUUCUACGAUCCUGUAGAAUCCACCACUGAUGCCACAACAUUGUUGAACAACUUGGAUGAUAGUUCCUGCAAGAAGAAUGAAACAGCACCAAUUUGUUCAAGUCAUGGUGUUUGUGACAAGGGUGAAUGUCAAUGUUCAGAAGGUUGGACCGGUAUUUACUGUCAUAUCGAUAAUACUAACAAUAACAACAAGAAUGAAACAAUCACACCAGAUCCAGACAAACCAGUAAUCAUCGUUGAUAACAAUGGAGUAAACUAUAGAUUUGAACUUCUUUCAGUGGAAGAAGUUGACCAAUUAUCUACUCCAAUUAAAACACUCGAUCUUUCAAAGGUCUCAUGGUCAUUGGAUUUCACAAGAAAUGAAUCAGUCACACAUCCAACCACCGGAGAAACACUCACUGAAAAGACAUUUACAUAUUCAUCAAACAAGACAACAAUUGAUGGUAUCGAUUCACUUUCGAUUUCAUUCAUUCAAUAUCAAGCUCCAAAGGACUCGUCUUCUUUGGCUGCAAAGAAAUACCCAAUUGCAUUUGCCGGAAAAGAAUAUCAAAUCAACAUUGGAUCGCUUAAAUUCACUAUGGUUAUCAACAAGUGGCCAUUCGAAUCCAAACUCAACUCUCUGGUUCUCUCGACAAAGAUUACCAAUCCGGUUGGUGCAGUCGAUGAGUGCGGUAAACUCAAGUCACCAUCAUCCAAUGAUACAGAGGUAUCGUCAUCCAAUGGUAUCACAACAUUCAAUAUUGGUGAUGGCAGUGGAAACUACGUUGUUGGUAAUCUCCUAAACAUCCUUGUUGUCGAUAGCAUUCCAAGAUUAGCCUCUCACAACUAUGCCAAAAAGGAUGGUUUCAUGGUGAUCAACUCACUCAUUCCAUAUUUUGAAAGAUCUGCUGUCGUCGAUCCCGAUAUAGGUUUGAUUCUUUCGCCAAAAUCCGACGCCAAGUCAGGAAAAUGUGGAAAUACUCAAGAAGAGAAUAGCAAUUGGAAAGUUAUUGUAGGAUCUGUUGUCGGUGGUGCUGCUGGUGUUGCUUUGGUCGCAGCUACAAUCCUUUUAAUUAAAAAGAGAACUAAAGCACAACGUUACAACGAUAGAGUUGCUGAAAAGAUUAGAAAUGCUGGAAAUUCUCGGACUAACAAUUUAUAA